GAAGUGGAACAUCCGGGUAUUUGUGGCGUCGCCGAUGCAUGCGAACUGGCUUUGUAGGCAAAGCAGGACACUCGAGCGACGCUUCACCCGUACAACUAACCCCCUGAAGGACCCCCCGAGUGCCCGCCACGCUCACCUCUUUUCCAGGCAGUUAACGGGGACACCACCUCCACCCUCUCGGCGAUCAAGUGUGCCAAAGUGGACCUAAAAAGAGCUGCGCGGACGGUGACGGCCACGAUCAGCAGCAGAGUCAAAGGAGCUGCCAUCUUGGUAUCACCUGCGCGGGGCACGCUGGGAAAUGGAGGCACACGUGCGACAUCCUAAACGAGCAGAUUCACGACAAAUGCACGGUUUUAGAUUAAGUUGUUGAAUGAAUAUUUUUUGGGAAACCAUUCAUUACAUUUUAUAAGUAAAUAACACAUUUUAAUUUGACGUAAGGACCCAUAACCGCUAGUUUCGGUUUUAAGUGGUGCGGAACGAAAGUGCGGGCUGAUGUUUUCACGGGGCGCAUUUUAUGUGCUCGGAUCAAAACACGGCCGACGAGUAAAGUGGGAAUACGGAACUCAUUGUCGCUAUAUAUAACUAAAACGCGAUUAAUUCGAUGUAAGCAUUCAAGAGUAAUCUUGGCAAGUAACGGAAAUUGUGUCACACGCAGUUACCGUUAUCGGAUAAAACGUGGGAGAACGAAGACGAACGAUUUUAAAAUGGCUGCCGGCAACUUUUCUUAGUUCCUCCCCACAUAAGAGAUAAUACGUGUUCCAUCAAACUAUUCGAUUUGGCUGGUUGGCGUUCAUUUUAAGAGUAGGUAGUGAUUGCAAAGUCAGUUGCUCUCUGCGCUUUACGUUGAAAAAGCCGAGCGGGAAGUGCAAGCCCGUCGCCGGUUGCUCGUGAGCGUGUCGACGUUCUAUUUAUUGGGUUUUGUUUGCUUUCGUCCCAUGGCGGGUUUGGAGUUGUUGUAUUCGUGCUGCGGCGACUCCAUCUCAUGUCCGCAGGACGCCGUCGUGUGUUUUGUCCACUGGGAGGUCGUCAAAAGCGGAUACAAGUGCCUCGGCUCCGGGGAUGAGACUCGGAGCAGCGACAAAAAGUCUGAGCUGCUGCCGUCGGACUGGAGCAGCAACAAGGCGGAAUACGCCCUGAGGUACGCCUCGGAGCACGGAGACGCUCAGCUGCUGCUCAAAGCGCUCCUGGUGGACUCGGCGCUGGUCUUCAACCUCAUGAACCGCAGCACACGGCAGAGCUCGGACGUGAUCGUCAACCUCAACGAGCACGUGGACGGCGCCCACCUGUGCACCUUUGACAGAGUCUUCAAGGACGCGGGCGGCCUGGCGGCGGCGCUUCGGUCUCGACUGCUGCCGUCGCGGGACAAACGGACGCAAGCGGAGCAAAGCGAGCGGACGCGGAGGCAGGACGACGACGACCCCCUGCGGGUCCCCGACAGGCACCCGCGACACGCGGCGCAGCCACACUGGCCUGAUCCGACGGGGCCGCCGUUCUCUGUGGGAGGCGCAGAUUUGGAUCCGUUGGGGUCCGUGUCGGGCGGCGGGAUGAUCGCGGACCCUCUGCGGAUGGGCUACCCUCGCUCCGGUUUCCACCCGUCCGGCGGCAUCCCGGACAUCCUGCCUCCUGGCGCGGUGCCGCCCGGCGCCCGCUUCGACCCGUUCGGCCCCGUGGGACGCCACCGACCCGGACCCGACCCGGACCACAUGCCCCCGCCGGGCUACGACGACAUGUUCAUGUAGCCGCUUCCCGUGUGCAGGCCGCCGUUUCCCGCCCGCUCGCCAAUCAGAGUCCGGACGGUACUCCAUGACGAAACCUAGCAACUUGCCAUAAACGCAGUUGUAAUUUUGAAGAGUGUUUAAAAAAAAUAAAAUUAAAAAAAAAAAUAGUUUUGGUGUGAAUCAGUGAAGAAACGGGGCAAGAGGAGGGAAAUAUAUAAAAUAUCUCCUCGUUUGUGAAGUUCGCUGUUCAGAUAUUGGGAAUUUCCCAUUAAAAAAACCAAACCAAGUGCGUUACUAAUCAAUCUACAUUGAUUACUACAAUGUAGUAAUCAAUGUAGAUAAAUUGACAGUGUCCAUGGCAACCACCACCAAGUUCAUGUAUGUCAAGUAACAGCAAAUGUCAACUUUAGCAUUUUUACUUCAUCAUAAUGAGCUUUUUACACGCAAAAAAACCAACAAUAAAAAUGUCUUCGAGGUGUUAGGUGUCUGCUAGCCUGCUAGCAUUAGCUUCUUCAAACAAAUAAAAAAAAAAACGUUUUUCGUUUUAGUGAGUCAUAGAGUCG